GGGCCCGGGCUGCGACCCGAGCGAGCCCCAUGCCCCGCGCGGGCUGACGGGCCGGAGCCCGCACGGAGCGGCCGGGCCGGACAGGUCCCGCUAGAGCGACAUGAUGGUGGAAUCCGCCUCGGAGACAAUCAGGUCGGCUCCGUCUGGUCAGAACGGCGUGGGCAGCAUCUCCGGGCAGGCGGAUGGCGGCGGCGGCGGCGGGGCCGGGGCUUCGGGCACCGGCGGAGGCGGCGCGGGCAGGGACGCGGCUGCGGGCGCCGACAGCAACGGCGAGAUGAGCCCCGCGGAGCUGCUGCACUUCCAGCAGCAACAGGCUCUCCAGGUGGCCAGGCAGUUCCUGCUGCAGCAGGCCUCGGGCCUGAGCUCCCCGGGCAGCAAUGACAGCAAGCAGUCUGCGGUGCAGGUGCCCGUGUCGGUGGCCAUGAUGUCGCCGCAGAUGCUUACCCCCCAACAGAUGCAGCAGAUCCUGUCACCCCCACAGCUGCAGGCCUUGCUCCAGCAGCAACAAGCGCUCAUGCUCCAGCAGCUGCAGGAAUAUUACAAGAAGCAGCAAGAGCAGCUCCACUUACAGCUCCUCACCCAACAGCAGGCUGGGAAGCAGCAACCCAAAGAGGCACUGGGGAACAAGCAGCUGGCCUUCCAGCAGCAGCUCCUGCAAAUGCAACAGUUGCAGCAGCAGCACUUGCUCAACCUGCAGAGACAGGGGCUGGUCAGCCUGCAGCCCAGCCAAGCCUCAGGGCCCCUCCAGACCCUCCCGCAAGCAGCCGUGUGCCCGACGGACUUGCCCCAGCUGUGGAAGGGCGAGGGUGCCCCCGGGCAGCCCGCCGAGGACAGCGUCAAGCAGGAGGGGCUGGACCUCACUGGCUCGGCCACCACCGCUACCUCGUUUGCCGCCCCCCCCAAAGUUUCACCCCCUCUCUCCCACCACACCCUGCCCAACGGACAGCCCACUGUGCUCACACCUCGGAGAGACAGCUCCUCUCAUGAGGAGACGCCAGGCUCCCACCCCCUCUACGGACACGGAGAGUGUAAGUGGCCAGGCUGCGAGACCCUGUGUGAAGACCUCGGCCAGUUUAUCAAACACCUCAACACAGAGCACGCCCUGGAUGACCGGAGCACAGCCCAGUGCCGGGUGCAGAUGCAGGUGGUACAACAGCUGGAGAUCCAGCUCGCCAAGGAGAGUGAGAGGCUGCAGGCCAUGAUGGCGCACCUGCACAUGCGGCCCUCUGAGCCCAAGCCCUUCAGCCAGCCGCUGAACCUGGUCCCUGGCUCCUCCUCAUUCUCCAAGGUGACCGUGUCUGCAGCAGACUCCUUCCCAGAUGGUCUCGUGCACCCCCCCACCUCGGCCGCUGCCCCUGUCACCCCCCUACGGCCCCCCGGCCUCAGCUCUGCCUCCCUGCACAGCGGGGGCCCUGCCCGGCGGAGGAGCAGCGACAAGUUCUGCUCCCCCAUCUCCUCAGAGCUGGCCCAGAAUCACGAGUUCUACAAGAACGCCGACGUCAGGCCCCCCUUCACCUACGCCUCCCUCAUCCGCCAGGCCAUUCUGGAAACCCCCGACAGGCAGCUGACCCUGAAUGAGAUCUAUAACUGGUUCACCAGGAUGUUCGCCUAUUUCCGGAGAAACACUGCCACCUGGAAGAAUGCUGUGCGGCACAACCUCAGCCUGCACAAGUGCUUCGUGCGCGUGGAGAACGUCAAGGGCGCCGUGUGGACCGUGGAUGAGCGCGAGUAUCAGAAACGGAGGCCGCCAAAGAUGACGGGAAGACCUGGAUUCAGAUGCACCUCUGCGUCUCACUGGCUGGGUGAGCUUGGGAGCCCCACCCUGGUGAAGAACAUGAUCUCUGGCCUCAGUUACGGAGCACUUAACGCCAGCUACCAGGCCGCCCUGGCCGAGAGCAGCUUCCCCCUCCUCAACAGCCCCGGCAUGCUGAACCCGGGCUCCGCCAGCAGCCUCCUUCCACUCAGCCACGACGACGUGGGCGCCUCCGUGGAGCCGCUGCCCAGCAAUGGUAGCAGCAGCCCCCCUCGCCUCUCCCCACCCCAGUACAGCCACCAGGUGCAGGUGAAAGAGGAGCCGGCCGAGGCAGAGGAAGACCGGCGGCCAGGCCCCGCCCUGGGCCCCCCCAACCCCAGCACCGCGGGGCCUCCAGAAGACAGGGACCUGGAGGAGGAGCUGCCAGGAGAGGAACUGUCCUAAGGGCCUGUAGGGGCAGGCAGGGCAGGGGUGAGACCCCUCCCUCCGGAACCCAGGCCCCACCUACCCCCACUCCUCAGCCCCACCCAAACCUCAAGGCACUUCCAGGACUCAGAUGGGGGGGUGGGGGAGGCUGGGCCAGCAACUCCCAACGUGACCUGACUGACAGACGCUCGGGGGCAGCGACGGUCCUGCCCCCGAGGGGACACCGAACCCCUGGUCUGGGACCGGCAGAGGAAUCGGAGGGCCCAGACCCUUCCUCAGACCCUCCCCUACAUCUGAAUACAGCCUCCCCCCAACCACCAGCAGCAGGGCCCUCCUCCCCCACCAGCUCUCCCCUACAGGGCCCCUCAGCGCCAUGGAGACCCGCAGGCGGGGCUAAGCCACCCCUCUCAAACCCAGGGCCCCUCGCACCUGGCUCUGGCAGUGUUUUCUGGCCAGAGCCCCCCCCCCCACUUUUCCUAAUUUGUGCCCCCUUUCACCUUCUUUUCCGUACUGUGAAGAAAUCUCCCCAGCCCCCACCUCCUUCCCCUGCCCCGGCCUGGGCCCAGGGGGGAGCUGACGUUCCAGACCAUCCCCAGAAGAAACGGGCCCCCUGAGCUGUGCCCACUCAAGAGCCACAGCUGGGGUGUUGCUGCCCUGCGGGGUCUGUGAGAGCAAGGCUGCCUCGCUCCCGAACAGGAACCCAGGCCGAACUGGGCCUCCACCCCAUUCACUGGGUGCCCCUCGGCUGCCCCACACACACCAGGGAGCAGAGGAAGAGGCCCAGUGCUGGCUUCCUCGCAGAGGUCUGUGCCGGGUGGGCCGAUGGAGGGGGAGCCGCGAGGCCCUCGAGGCUGAAGCUGCCAGUGCCACCCAGGAAGCAUCCUGCCUCUGUCACGGGAGAGGCCAGGCCGAGACCAGGCUUGAGGGGCAGGUGACUGCCGUGACCCAACAGGUCACCCCCAGCCUACAGGUCCCCUCAUGGUAGUCCUCCCUCACCCCUCCUCAGCCCCCCUCCCCACCCCCAGUUAAACCGAUGACCAAAGACCUUUCUUAUGCCGGAAGCAAAAACCAAAACUUUUUGUUGGCUUUUUCCUUUGUGGCCUCCCACCCCCACCCCCACCCUCCUUGCUCCCCGCCCCUAGCCCCAGGCUGGAAGCCCUCCCUCCACUUAAGUUAUUGUUUUAAACCAAAGUUUACAGUGUCUGUUGGUGGCCCAGACCCUCUCUCCACCCUUCCUCCACCCCACCCUGAGGACCCUGGGACUCAGUAGAGGCUGGGGGCCCUGCUCACCCCCACUUCUGCUCUUGGCCAGACAGGAGGAAGGUCCGAGGGCAGAGGGAAGGAGGUGUGCUGCCCUCAGCAUCCCGAGGGGCUCUCCUCUCCUCGGGCAGUGGGCCUUGAGCCCCAGUCCCAACCCUGGGCUGCUCCCUGGGGGCUCUCCAGACCCCUCGCUAGGACCAAGUCCCCCAUCACACUGGGAGUGUGGAUUCCAGCAAAGGAGCUGGAAAAGAAGUGAGACUCCACAGACCCCCUAUGGGGGACCCCAACUUAGGCCAUGGACUGGGUGUGUUGGAUGCUCGUGAUACCCCAGGCCAGGCCCCUUUGCUGAGAAGACCUCCUUGGACUAUUUCCCAAGAACCCCCCACAUACACCCCUUCACAAGCCACCCCUCCUGAGAGGCAGGGGGCCCUCCGCCCCCUCCCCUAUGUACUCCCCACCUGUGUUCUGUUUGACCAGCACAGAAAUAUUAAACGUCCUCUAUUCACCGGG